AUGUCUAAAAAAGAUAAAAAAAAGAUUAUUGAUGGUGAAUCCGACGAGAUACAUUUUACUGGUGACUAUGCCAUCGCAACGUCGAUAUUCAUUGAACCAUUUGUUCCUUUAUUCGAUACCUUUGAUAAAGUCUUACAGAAUUUGUAUACCAUUUAUGAAAAUGCAAAAUGUAAUAAAAAAAUGUGUGGAGCUUUAAUAGAUCGUAUUGAAGUUCUUGAACAGACUAUUGAGUCUUUAAAACGUAAAAAGCAAGAAAAUGCAGCAAAAUUUUCCAAAAAAGAAUAUUAUCGUGCGUGGGUAAGAUUUACCAAUGUACUGAAAAAUAUUAAAAAUUUUGCUAAAGAUGUAACACAACAAUUAGUAUUUCAAAAAUAUUUAAAUGCUAUCGUCGUUAAAGAAGCAUAUGAUAAAAAUAUUAAAGAAUUUGAAGGUGCUUGCGGAGUUCUGCAAUUUUCAGUUUAUAUAGUUUCGGAAGAGCAAAGAAAGGUAGAGAAUGAGAAAAUAUUAAACGAACUUAAUUUGCUAGAAUGGGCAAUGAGAUCAGUUUCGGAUGAAAUGAAAUAUAUUUCGAAACAGAUAAAUAUUUUAUCGAAACGAUCAAGCCUCCAAAAAUUAAAUUCUGAUGAAAUUGAAGUUCCUUAUGUUAAAUCGUCCGAACUUACAUAUCCAGAAACAAACCCCGGCAAUGUAAGAGGAUCUGAAAGAACCAUUGUGAAAAGAAUUCACCGUGAAACACUGCAAGUGGCAUGCAAAAAAGUUCAAGCUAUUGGGAAAAAUUUGGCAGCUGGAUCUCGGAAUAUACAGACACAAUUGGCUAUCCUCGAUUUAUUAGGAAAAUGUUCUAAUAUUAUUACUUUUUAUGGUCUUUCAAAGAUAGACAAAAUUGAUUACAUGGUUUUUGAAUGGGCAGAACAUGGAAGUCUGAAAGAAGUUUAUGAAAAAAGUUCAAUUCCCUUACCUACGAAUGGAGUUCUUCAUCAUGAUGUCCGAUGUGAGAGUAUUUUGGUCACUGAAAAUCCUGUUUUUGAUGUAAGAAUAUCAAAUUUUGAAAUUAUACGCAAAAUUAAAGUAGAAACUGUGUCAUUUUCAGGUUUAAAUGAUUACGUUCGUUGUUUCGGGAUGCUAAUUUGGGAACUUAUUAACGAAAAGAUUCCAUACAAAGAUAUGUCUUUUGACGAAGUACAAGAGCAUGUUAAAAGCAAGAAAAGAGAAAAUUUACCUCGACUUAAUUCAGAUCCGAUUUUACUAGGACUCACCAAACUUAUUAAACAAACAUGGGAUAAUGAGCCUUUGUUACGUCCAUCAUAUCCCGAAACUUUAAAGCUAAUCAGUAAUUUAGAACGAAGUGUUCAAUUGAACUCCCCACUGAUUUAUCCUUUAAACGAUUCCAACGAUGAUGAACCUGCACCAACAUUUUCACUUAUCAAACCAUUCGAGGAUGGAAUUAAAGCACAUAGAGAGAAACGAUACAAGGAAGCUUGGGAAUGUUUUAAUGAUCAUGCUAAUUUAGGACUUAGUUUGGCAAAAUAUUGGAAAGGUUAUUAUCUUACGAAAGGAUUCCAUGUAGAAAAAGAUAUAAAGGAAGGUUUAGAAUUGUUAAAGUCGGCAGCAGAUGAUGGUAUUCCUGAUGCACAACUUCGAUAUGCAAAUGGAUUAAUCAAUCUUAAUAUUAGUAAUGGUAGUUCAGAAAAUUAUGAGAUCAUUUUAAAAUAUAUGGAAAAAGCAGCCGAUGGAGGAAGUGAAAUUGCCCUUUAUAAUCUAAGUGUUAUUUAUCUUCGUGGAAAAUUUGGGGUGGAAAAAGAUGAAAAAAAAGGAAAUGAAUAUUUUGAAUUAGCAGCCUUGAAAAAUCCAAAGUUCAAGAAGCCAACCCAAUAG